AUGGCUAGGACUGGUGUUCAAACGUGGCUGAAGGUUGUGUGUGUGCUGUCUGGAAGUAUAGUAAACGCGAUGGUGAUGCCAGGAUUAUGUCCUUCGGUGAAGGAAAAGGAUGAUGUGGACCUUGAGCAGUUCAUGGGAACGUGGUACGAAGUCUUACGGACGCCGUUCAUCAUGGAGUCCUUCGUGAACUGCGUCAAAUUUCACUACCUCGACAAGGGCGACACUGACAACAUCGCAGUGCGACUCAAAGGAGAGAGGGCAACUGUCUCAUCAGUCUUCUCAACAAACGACAGAGGUACUGCUGUUGUCAUCGACGGAGAAAUCAACGUCAAAGAUGGAAAACCGGGGAGCAUCACUUUGAAAGCAAACUCUUUUAAGUACACGUCGCCAAUGAGAGUAGUGGCCACAGAUUACACCACAUACGCCGUGCUGUGGGCCUGCGAAAACAACCUUAUCAGUGGUAUCGCUCGUAGAGAAAAUAUCUGGGUGUUAUCGAGAACGUACACACUGAACGUUACGAUGCAAAAAGUGAUCAUGGACCAUUUGAAGAAAGAAACUUACUCGUCCUACUUCCUCCUGCCCACGGAUCAGAGGAACUGCGUUGGCCGCUUGUGAACUGUCCUUACCGACCAACAAACCCGGGCUCUCCGUACAGCAAGGACGGACGGAGGACUUCGAACGCAGCAUUCUUCC